AUGGGUUCAGUGGAACAUACUCUACAAAACUCAGUGUCAAUAAUUGACAUGAGUGACUCAGAUGACCUUGGAAACAUGUUUGAAAAGCUUGUGAGCCGACAUAGUAAAUUUACGAGGGAGUUUGACAAAAAUAUGGAGAUUUGUGUGACGCACCUGAAGAAGCUGAGCGAAAACAACAGCAGUAAAACGAUAAAUUUGGUUAACAGCCUGUACAACGUAGACCUGAAGGCGGCCGAUCUCGAAAAUUUAAAAGAAACGUACGAACUGUGUCCAGUGUGUAAAACGACGAGGCACGCGCCACUUAAUUUUGACCAUCCAACGCCCCCGAUGAGGAAGAGCACAUCGCAGCGCAUGGUCGACUAUAUGGAGUUUGUGAGACCCCUGAAAAACUCAAACAGUAGGCGCUUCUUCUUUGACUUUAGACACAGUAUUGUAGACUCCCCGAGGCCGCAAGAAAUAAAAAAGGAAGCGUCACGAAGGUUCACACACCAAGGAAUAUCAGACUAUUUUGUAUUUUUAGUAAACCAAAUAGAGACGAGAAGAUCUGGGCUGUUCAGAAAAUUCUCAAUAAACACAGUCAAGGGAAUAUGGACGAGGUUUUUUGACUUUUUCAUGAACGUGUUCCCGCUGUUCCACAUAACCAACUUCACAAACCUGAUUAUAGUGCUACAGUGGUUCCUUUUGCUAUUCAGAGUGCUGAUAUAUAGGAGAUUCACGACGGUCAUAGAUAUUGAGGUUGAAAGCAUCAAGUUCGGAGCGUUUAGUGGUAACCUGUUGAAGGAUAAGAUGGAUGUGCACAGAGUAAUAACGUCGACGUUCUUCCACAACUCGUUCGCACACCUCAUUGUUAGUACAAUGAUGCACCUGAGAUUCAGCGCAGUCUUCGAAAAAUUAAACGGAAUCAUAGUGACGGUGCUGGUGUACCUGACGAGCUCAGCAUACGGAAUGAUAGGAGUGUGCUGGCUGACGCCGUCGACGAUGCAGGCGAGCGGGUUCGCAGGAGACUGGGGAGUGGCAGGAGCACUGCUCAGCAGGUUCUUCCUCUUCCCGUACCUGAUACACAGAGAGUUCCACAACGUAACCAACGUAAUCGUGAGCUACAUCUGCCUGUUCUUCCUGAAGACAAUCGGAAAGGGAAGCUCAAUAGUAGUGUCAGCACACCUGCUGAGCUGCAUAGCAGGCCUGUGUAUGGGAACAAUGAUCAACAUAAGGUCAAAAACAAACAAAAUCACGGGCCACAAAAGACUGAUGAUAGACUUUGUGUGCUCAGCGACACUGCUGGUGGUGCCAAUAUUCUCAGUGUUCAUGCUAUUCCUGGGAAAAAUGGGAAAGUAA